UGUCACGUGGGGCGUGUAGAUGUAAACAGAAAGGAAAAGAAGGUUUAGACUUGGUUUAAGGGGACAACAGAAAAGGCUUUUUAACUGCACCAGGCUUACAAAUAGACACGUUUUACAAAAUAAUAAAACCGGGAACACGAUUUAAAUGAGUUUUUAUUUUAACAAAUGACGACAGCCAUGGAUUUCCCGAUCAAUCUGAAGGUGAAUUUCAAAGAAAAGGCAGAGAGUUUCCUCGUUUCGGAUUCGGAGAGAACAACCUGGGACUACGUGGAAGCCAUGGUGAAAUUUUAUUUUGGUUUGAACAAUAUGCAGGUGAAAUAUUUGGAUGAGGAAAAUGAGGAGGUUUCAAUUAACAGUCAAGAGGAAUAUGAAGAAGCAAUAAAGAGUGCAGUUAAACAAGGGAAUCAACUCCAUCUGAAUGCAUAUGAGGUAAAGGGACCUGUGGCAAGACAAGUGUGUGAGAGUGGGACAGUGAAAAGAGACUUUGAAGUGUUCAAGACUGGGAAGAAGCCAAUCCAGCACCACUCGUUGCUGGCAGAGGUUGAUGGCCAACAAGUGACGCCUACCCAAGACAAGGAAAUGACGAUGAAAAAUGAUGUCCAGUUGAACAAAGACGAUCAACAGAAGCCUCCACUGUGGUUUACUACUUAUAUGGAAACAUUCAAACACCAGGUAGUAAAGGAAGCUGUAGAGAAGAUCUGUCAUGAAUUGUCAGAGAGGUUCAGCAUUCAGCCUCUGCCACAGGGUUCCGGUAAUGAAUCUGCAGGGGUGGGAAUCCAAGUUCCGGAAAGCAGCUCCACAUUGGCCAACACCAACAACUGGCUCAGUUGUGUUAGUCUAGUCUGUAGCAGCUGCCAGAACAGGAUUACAGGAAUUUGCUACCAAUGCAGUGUGUGCCCGUUCUACACUUUAUGUGAAUUGUGUGAGUCGUAUAACUGUGAACAUGAUCCUGCCCAUUCCUUAAUAAAGUUGAGGACUCUGUUCCGGACACCAGGACCAAACCAUUUGUCUGGAAACAAACUAGCAGCUGCUGGAGACCAUGCAAGGUUGCAGAAACGGAUAGACAAGAGUUUUAAGAAAGCCGAAAAGCAAAGACUUAAAGCAGAAAAGAGACAGCUCAAGACUGAGGUGAAAGAGAUAAAGAAGCAACUGAAAAUGGAUCGAAGGGGUCUUCACUGGAAAGAGUCGAAUGAUGCCGUUUCAGAUACUACAGUACUCAAGCCGAGGGGAACCAAGUCAAGUACUAUAAUGAGUCCGAAGCUGGCCUGUAACUCCAUCGUUCCCACCAUGAAUGCUGUGUUUCUGGAUGAGAAUCUACCUGACGGGACUCUCCUUCAGCCCGGUACUAAAUUUAUCAAGCACUGGACAAUGAAGAACACUGGCAAUGUGAACUGGACGACUGAAACAAAGCUGAAAUUUAUGUGGGGUAAUCUGGCCCUGGCCUCCAGUGAAAAGAAGGAAGUAUCAGUGCCAUAUCUUCACCCCGGGCAGGUAGGGGUGGUGUCUGUGGAGUUUGUAGCCUCGCCCAUGGAAGGCACCUACACUUCGCAUUGGCGUCUAGCCCACAAGGGGGAGCAGUUUGGGCCUAGAGUGUGGUGCAGCAUUGUGGUGGAUCCCCUGCCAGUCCUGGAGUGUCCUGAGGGGGGUGCAAACACUCUCUUCAGCUCCGCCAAUGUGGCCAAAUCUCCUAACAACAAACAGGAGGAGACCAAAUUUUGUGUCAAUGUGGAGAAAGAAAUUGCUUCAGAAAAGGAGGAGAGGCACUGUUCUUCAGCAGUGGCUCCUAUGCAUGUAGUAACAAAGUUUGAGUCCUUGGACCAUGAGAGGGAGUAUUAUAUCCCUUCGGUGGAUCUGCUAACAGCUCAGGACCUGCUGUCUUUUGAACUGCUGGAUAUUAACAUUGUGCAGGAGUUGGAGCGAGUACCACAUAACACACCUGUCGACAUGACACCCUGCAUGUCCCCCGUGCACCAUGAAGGACCCCUUUUGGAGAAACCAGGACUGGGCGAGAUUGAGGAGGAGACUGAGGGAACUGGAUUCAAGACACUUCUUGAUGUUACACUGGGGAAGAAAAAUGCGGAGAGCCCACAUACCCUGGAGGAGGGUGAAGACGACAUCAGCGGGACCCAGUUUGUUUGUGAGACAGUAAUCCGCUCCCUUACAUUAGAAGAGGCUCCUGAUCACAAACCACCGAGGUGGAGCAGACCUGGAUCUCCAAAGAUCUCUUUGCAGGGACAGCAAGAAGUCUUUUUUUCGAGUGACAGAAACGGAGAUGAAACCAGUGGAAAAACAAGCCUGCCGUCUACAGAUCUGGAAAGAAAGAAACCUGACAAGCAGUCGCAGCCAGAGGACAGUGUGGAGUCAGACUUUGAGAGUUUCUCUGUGCACCAGGUCCUUGAUAGGGAUGAUGAGGGGCAGAAGCAGCAGGAUGAUGAAAAAGAUGAGGUCCAGAGUCAGGGCUCAUCCACAGAGGAUUACAUCAUCAUCCUGCCAGACUGCUUUGACACCAGCCGGCCCCUGGGGGAGUCAAUGUACAGCUCAGCUCUGUCUCAGCCUGAGAAGGACGCUGGCAUAGAGACUGACUCGGAGCCAGAGGAGCUGGAGCCCGAGGGAGAAGAGCUGGCAUCCAGGCACAGCGUCAAUGACAUGCUAUGCACCUCCCAAACACUGGACGCUGUGCCAUUGACACCAGAGGUGGUGUCCUCCCCAACACCACCUCAAACACAAAGAGAAGACAACCGUUCUCAGAAUCAAGUUCCAGAUGAGACAGAGCAUGCAGUAGGAGAAAUGCCUAGAAGUGAAGUUCAUCAACCAUGUGAGAAUAGUAUUGAAGUGUCCAGGUCUGUGCAGCAUCAGUCAGUGGAACCCUCUGCGGUUAUGAAUUUAAGACAAGAGUGUAAUCAAGAUAACAGGCACCAUGGAGGUAUAGCAGGGGAGCUGGUGAAAGGAGCACUGUCUGUAGCUGCCUCUGCCUACAAGGCACUCUUCACUGGCCAGCCAGUACAGCCACAGCAACCUAUAGACUCUGUGAAUCAGAACGCAAACAUGAUGGAUGUCUUGGUGGAGAUGGGGUUUGGCGACAGACAGCUAAACCAGCGACUGCUGAAGAAACACAACUUCAACAUGAUAGAUGUGGUGAAUGAACUGGUGCAGAUGAGCGACAAUGACUGGUAUUCGACCCGUUACUGAUUCCACGCGGCUUUGAAACCACAUUUUGGGGGGGGGGGGGGGGGGGGGGGAGAGAACGCAAUAGAGAACACUGUUCACUUCCAGUUUCAUUUGGGAUGAUUUUCUUGGUUGUGCAGACUUGUUGGGGACCCUGAAUCUGCAAGUGUUUUGAGCACUUGACAGGGAACAUCAUAAAUAGUUAGAACUUACAUAAAAAAAUACCUAAAGUACAUUUGUAGCACACAGCACUCGGUGGUGUGAAACCUCUGUAUAAACACUUGCAAAAAAAGGUGUCCCUAGUAAAUGCCUGCAGUGAGAAGAAGUGCUAUAUACAAUGAAGUAUCUAAUACAGAGUGCAGUAAAGGGUUGUAUUUUUGUAAUUGCUUUACCUUAUUUGUAGGCUGUUUAUUUCUGUAUUAAUCCACUACAAAGGAAAAAUAUUCCACCCUCAUGUUACUCUUGUUUUGCCCUAGUAAGCUCUUUUAUUUAUAUAUUUUUUUCCCUAUUUUAAGGCAGAACUGUAACCUUAGGCAUACAGCCACUGAACUUCGCUUUGAUGUGUUCGGAAUUUUCAGUUCCAGCAAAAUACGUAGAUGAGUGUUUUUCUUUUGUAUAUCACAAAUCUUAGAAUUCAGUAGUUUUUACCAUCCACCCUAUUACUAAAAGCCAAUCCUGAUUCUAAGGGUAGCUAAUAUUACAUGCAAAUCUUAUAUAUUGGAUGAACUGAUACUUUGUUUCAAAAGUAUGCUUGAAUAUUUAUAUAGUAAUUGAAACCUGCUACUUUGACUUUUGCUUACAGCUAGUUAUCAGAUUUAAAUAUAUAACGGACCGCCCAAGGGUGUGAUGAGGCCCGACGGCGCAGCCCCUGGGUGAUCCAGUAUUUCCCAAUACUGCCAUAACGAAAGGCACAUUUUUAAUAGUAGAAUUUUCAUCCCGAAAGGUUCCAGAGUGUUUGAAAAUCAGCUUGUGGUUUUUCUGCUUUCUGGUUGCAUGUGUUCCAUAGCAUUUGUAAAUUCCACAGUCAGUGACAUCAUCAACAGCUGUCCAUCAUACAGCUACAAAUACAGCGUCUUUUUUCCAUCCAGCUGAAAAAGGACUUGUAGUCAAAUGUCCUGAUAUAAUUGAUUUUUUAAAAUGUAAUUAUUCACAUUUUUGUGACCCUACAUUUACCUUUUCUUUCGUUUUUGAUUUUGCUCCUUUUGGUAUACCAGUUUUACUCAAAAAAAAAAAAAUAAAUAAAAAGAAGUAAAAAAUUAUUUUACAUUUAUGCUGGUGCAGGAAGUGAGAAUAAAUAUUUGUAUAGACAACAUACAUCUUAUUGAAAAGCAUUAGGCUACAUUUCAUACAGCAACACUGUUCAAUCCCAGUGAUUAAAUACAGUACUUUGCAGUCCCCAGUUAGCUUUCCUGUAAAUCUGUAUAAAUUUGCUUUCCAGGCGUUAACAGAGCUGGUUGUGUAAUGUAUAACCUCCUACUGCUGCAAGCAUAGCAAGGUCAUACCAACUGAACUCAAAAGUGGUGAUGGGGUUCCAACAGUAAAACAUAUCGAGAUCUGGUUUCUGGUAAAGUGUGCAAAAAGCUAAACCAUGGAAGAAUGUAAUAAACAGUAGACACCAAGGGAUUCUAUUAUAUUUUCGUGUACAAUUGAGGUUGAUCUUGGUACAUUUAAAAAAUAAAUAAAUAAAUACAUUUCUAGCUCGCUUAAAAACCCAGCUAAGUUUUGUAGAGACGUCUCUUUCUCUUGCUAUUGAAAUUCAACACAGGAAUAGUAAUGAAAAAGUGAGCAAAGAUUUAUUUUUAGAGGCUCAGUAUGUGGAAAUUAUGUGAAAUGUAUUUAUCUUUUGGAGGUGAGGUAAAUGUAGUCUUUUACAUUGUUUUUAAAGUAAGACCUGAAUGGUAUAAUCAUGUUCUUCUUUAAUCACAAAUUGCAAGACUACAACCAAACUAGGAUCAUACAGACCUUAUUACAGAAUAAGCUGGUCUGAUAACGAUCUUUUUAAAUUGUAUUUGUUUGGUCAGUAUCUGAACAGAAUAUUUCUCAAAAAUAAGAGUAUGUAACAUUAACUGUUUGUGGAGAUAGAUCAGGCCCAAACCUACUCAUUAAUUUGCAAAAUGUUUAUUUGCUUAUUAAACUGUAGUCAAUCACAAGUUCCUUUCAAGUAUGAAAUGUAACCCUUAACUAAUAGGUGUUUACCUCUGAAAGACCAGAUACCUGAAUAAAUAUAUCAAAGCUUAUUAGCAGCUUAAGGAAAUGCCAGUUAACAAAACAAACAAAAACUGCUGCUUUUUGUGACCCUGGGUUAGUCACGUCGCCUCCUUCUUCGCCAUCCUUCGGAUGACACUUAAAACCGAGGUCCUGUUGUAAGUGACUGAGCAGGAGUUCACCCCCUAGUCUCUUAAGUCGCUUUGGAUAAAAGCAUCUGCUAAAUGACUUAAUAAUAAUAAUAAUAAUAAUAAUAAUAAUUACUUGUUUGUUGCUAGAAGGUAGUGGCGCCAGCAUUUUCAUCAUAAAGGCACUUCAAGUAACUUACAUACUCAUGUUUUCCCAACUAUUUAAAAUAAACGUGAUUGAUACUUUCUCAUCAAGUCCAUCACAAAUCUGUACAAUGGUCAACAAUCAAGCUAUUAUUGGUUAACUUUGUAGCUGAGAAAACUGUCCAAAGCAUUAAUAAGUACUUGGAAUUAUUUAUUACUUUCUUAAUAAUAAAGACUGACAUAGAGGCUUUGUGAGUUGACUUGUAAUGCCAAGAGGUAAAUUCUACACAUGCAGACAGUUUUAGGAUGGCUUUACUUGAAAUGAGUACACACUAACUUACUCAUAGCACCAGAGAAUGCUUGGGAUGGAUCUGUUUGUUUCUUUCAUACAUCUUUGUUUGCAUGGUAUAAUCAGGAUACUGUAUAGGACAAAUUGCAUUAUGCUCUUUAUAUGUUAUCUAGUAUAAGCACUUUACAGAUCUAUAAACGUGAUGUAAAAAAUGUGUUGCCUGAAUGAUUUAAUAAAAUGUUAUUGCAGUA